AUGUCGACCCAUGAGAUCGAGAAUGGUGCCGAGGUGCCUGUCAAGCGGGUCUGGUACCGCACAUCGCUAUUCAAUGCGUGUGUGAUCGGUGCCGUCGGUUUUCUCGCGCCCGGUCUUUGGAAUGCGAUGAACUCGCUCGGUGCCGGUGGCGAGGAGAAGCCCUUCCUAGUCAAUGCCGCCAAUGCUCUCGUCUUUGCCCUAAUGGGCUUCUUCUGUCUCUUUGGCGGGCCCAUCGCCAAUCGAAUUGGUCUCAAAUGGACACUCCUUCUCGGUGCGGCGGGAUACCCUGUUUAUGCAGCGGGUCUGUACACCAACAGCAAAUACGGCAACGUCUGGCUGGUGCUUGUUGGUGCAGUUGUCUGCGGUAUUUCUGCCGGUCUGUUCUGGGCCAGUGAGGGUGCCAUUGCGAUCGGAUAUCCCGAGCCUUCCAAGAGGGCACGAUACCUCAACAUCUGGGUUUGGUGGCGGACAAUGGGCCCGAUUAUUGGUAACUCGAUUGUGCUCGGAUUGAACAUUAAGACGAAAGGCGAGGGGAGCGUGGGAGUCUCCACCUACAUUGUCUUCAUCGUGCUGCAGUGUCUGGCUGUUCCGGUCGCCCUUCUUUUGACGCCGCCUGACAAAGUGCAGCGUGCAGACGGCUCCCCUGUAGUUGUUCGUGUGGAGGAGUCAUGGGCAGCGGAGUUCAAAGCUCUUUGGAAGACCUGCAAAAACCGCACCGUCAUCCUUCUGCUUCCGAUCUUCUGGGCUGUCUACUUCAAUGAAUACUCGAGCAACUUUGAGACAUACUAUUUUGGAGUGCGAGCUCGCGCACUGAUCGCCUUCCUGUCCGACUGGGUCACCCUUCUCGCUUCCCAGAUUAUCUCCCACUGGCUCGACUGGAAGAAGGUCGAUGCGAAGAAACGUCUUACAUACGGGUGGUACUGGGUUAUCAUCGUGCACGUUGCGACGUGGAUCCUCGCCUGGGUAGUCCAGGAGGAGUACACAGCCAACCCCCCGAUGCUCGACUUCACGGACCCCGGGUUCUGCAAGGGCGCCUUCGUGCUGUUCAUGUGGUCGUUCGCCCAGCAGACAGGGCAGAACUGGCUGUAUUAUCUGGUCGGCUCGAUGACGGAUAACAUUGCCGAGCUGACCAGAUUGACCGGUAUCCUUCGAGGGCAGGAGAGUUUCGGAGAAGCCAUCUCCUACGGCCUGAACACGAGGGACUGGUACGGUGGUCGGGUGCCUAUGGCUGUGAAUACCAUCUUGCUUGGCUUGUGUGUGGUUCCCACGUGGAUUGUUGUCCGGAAACAUGAGAUGGAUGCGAAUGUCGAAGAGGCUGAGAGGGCGACGGGGUGGGACAAGAAGAGGGCGGAGGACAAGAACAUCGAUGCCGAAGUGACGGAAACCACGGUGGGUGCCUGA